UGUAGCCACACCCUUACCUGUGUGCUGGCUGCACCUAGUUUUCUUUGUGCACACUGAGAGACGGCAGAGGCAGGGGAUAGGGUUUCAAUAGUGGGGCAAUAGUCAGAAAGAAAAUGUUUUAGUUCUUCUGCACAAAUUUCUCACUGAGAAUGACAGAACAGGAAACAUGAAAAACACAGGACCAGAAGAAGGAGGUAGAGAAGGGGGAGGAGGCGACAACACAGACAAUACCUGUGAAAACAAGAAGAGCCAGAGUUGGAUCCCCAAAACCAUCAAAAAGAGAGUGUGCAGCACCUUUGUAGAAGAUUCUGUCAGUAAUGGUGCAUUGUGUCAGUGUGGGGCUGCGAGAAAUGACCAUGCCUCUGUGGCUCUUGGAGACUAUUUCAGCACUGCAAUUGUGAACCACUGGGAAAGCAUGCAGCACUCCUCUGAACAACCAACUGAUGCAUUUGGAGAGGUGCAAUUUGCAGGGGCCAGCAAGAGGCACAGCCAUUUUCUGCGUCUGUCAUGGAGCACUGAGCCUUUUUUUGUGUACAACAUAUUGACAACCCAUUGGGGUCUUCCUCCACCCAACCUGGUUGUUUCUGUUGUGGGUGGAAAUAGCAGGACACAGAUAAAGACCUGGGUACGGGAGAUCCUCAGACAGGGACUGGUGAAAGCAUCACAAAGCACAGGUGCAUGGAUAUUAACUACAGGUCUGCGCGAAAGGCUUGGUCGGUGUGUUGGACAGGCAGUGAGAGAUCAUGCAGCUGCGGCAUCUUCAGUCUCUCUCAAUAAGGUGGUAGCGUUGGGGAUUGCUCCGUGGGGCAUAGUGGAAAAACGAGAGCAGCUGGUCAACCCUCAGGGAAGCUUUCCUGCAAGGUACUAUGUCCAAAACAUAUCACGGGACUCCUGCUCACUGGACAACAACUACCAGGCCUUCCUGCUGGUGGAUGAUGGGAGUGUGGGCCGCAGAGGAGGAGAGAUGGGUUUCAGAGCCAGACUGGAGGAAUACAUUUCCCAUCAGCGCACAGGCAUAUUAGGAAGUGGCAGCAUUGACAUCCCUGUUGUUUGUAUGCUGAUAUCAGGGGAUGCAGACAUGCUAAAGAGAAUGGAUCGCUCUUUAAAAAGCUGCAUCCCCUGGCUGGUUCUGGCUGGCUCAGGAGGCUUGGCUGAUUUCCUGAAUGAUGUCUUGGAGAACCUGUCUUCAGCUCCAGCUGUGCCGUCCUCUGGUGAAGGCAACAGUGAGGCGGGUCCCAGUGUGGAUCUUAAAGACAGAGUGUCAGAACGGUUUAAGAAGCAUUUUCCUUCGGAAGUACAAACCGACAAACUAGUUGAACAGGCUUUUAGCAUUUACCAGAAUAGAGGUUUGAUUACGGUGUACCACGGAGAGCAUGAGAGUCCAAAUGACUUUGACACUGUCCUGCUUAAAACACUUGUGGGAGCAAGUAAGCAGCGCGCAUUAGUUGAGGCAAACCCUUAUAGUGAUGAGCUGAAGUUAGCAGUAACGUGGAACAGGGUUGACAUUGCAAAGAGUGAACUCUUCAAUGGCGACAUCCAGUGGAAGCGUGCCACUAAGGUUCUGCAUGGAGGUUCCAAAUAUCACCAGCAGCGCUGCCCCCAUCCCUGGGCUUCACUCUUCCUCUGGGCUGUACUGCAGAACCGCAGUGAGAUGGCCCUUUUCUUCUGGGAGAUGGCAGGUGAGGCAGUCCUGAGUGCUCUUGGUGGCUGUAAGAUACUCAGAGAACUGUCCAAACGGGAGGAUGAGACUGAAACCAAACUCUCCAUGAAAGAACUGGCCCAGAAGUUUGAGAACCUGGCUCAUGAUAUUUUCAGCUCUUGCUAUCGCAGUGAUGAAAACCGCUCUUUCAGCCUGCUGAUUAGAAAGUCUCCUGUCUGGGGUCACAGCACCUGUCUUCAGAUGGGUGUGAGUGCUGAUGCACGGCGUUUCUUCAGUAAUGAUGGUGUACAGUCUCUGCUGUCCCAGAUCUGGUGGGGUGAUAUGAAGAGGAACACAGAGAUCUGGAAGCUUCUGCUCGCGUUCUUCUGCCCCAUCCUCUGCUACACCACCCUCAUCUCUUUCAGGAAUCAAUACGAUCAGCAAGAGGAGGAGAGGAUGCCUUUUGAGGAUGAGCUGGACACUGACAGUCUCUAUGGGACCACUGUCUUCUCUUUCUCUGACAUCAAGCAGCGUGAAGUUGACUCAGAAGGUCAAAAGAGUGAUGCCAUUAAAGGCGUACCCCAACGACCACCACAGCGUCCAUUCAUAGUGUCACGCUGGCGUCAGUUCUGGUUUGCACCGGUCACCUCUUUUCUGGGCAACGUCCUGAUGUACUUCCUGUUUCUCUUGCUUUUCGCCUACGUGUUGUUGGUGGAUUUCAAGCCUCCACCCCCCUCAGGUCCAGCUGCCACUGAGUGUGUGUUGUACUUCUGGGUAUUUACCCUCGUUUGUGAGGAGAUCCGACAGACGCUUUUUUUGGGGACGACCUGGAGUCAAAGUUUCAGACUCUACAUUCAGGAUGUGUGGAAUAAAUGUGACCUCACUGCCAUCAGCCUGUUCAUUGUCGGACUGAUUUGCAGGAUGUUCCACUGGUCACAUGAAUUUGGCCGAGAUGUCCUGUGUUUGGACUACAUGGUCUUCACCCUUCGCCUCAUUCACAUUUUUGCCAUUCACAAGCAGCUGGGACCAAAACUCAUCAUUGUAGGAAAUAUGAUGAAGGAUGUCUUCUUCUUCCUCUUCUUCCUGGGCGUGUGGGUCUUGGCGUACGGAGUUGCCAAUCAGGCUCUGAUCUACACCUACGAUCCAAAUCUAAAUCGCAUUUUUCUGAGAGUUUUCUAUAUGCCAUACUUGCACAUCUUUGGAUAUGGCUCUUCCAUCGAGGAAGAGAUGGAUGUGGGCCGGGAACUAAACUGCACAGACAAUGUGACUUUGAUUGAGAGCGGAGAAGAGCCGUGUAGAAAUCAGGAUAGUAACUGGCUGGUAGUGAUUCUGCUAGUCGUAUAUCUCCUGGUCACCAACAUCCUGCUCAUCAACCUGCUUAUUGCCAUGUUUAGCUACACUUUCUCUGAAGUGCAGGAAGACAGUGACACCUACUGGAAGUUCCAGCGUUACAACCUGAUUGUCGAGUACCACUCCCGUCCUUCUUUGGCUCCGCCUUUCAUUAUCCUCUCACACAUCAAAGUCUUUAUCAAGAGGAUCAUCCACAAAGUGCCCUCUGUAAAGAUCCACCACUUUGUGUUAGACUUGGAAGCAAAGGCAGCGAACAGAUUAUCAACGUGGGAAACGAUUCAGAAGGAAGACUUCCUGACUGCUCGAAACAAGAUCCAGAAAAGCAGCGACUCAGAAAGGCUCAAACGGAUGUCUGCCAAGGUAGAUGAUGUGCUUAAACGUCUGACUGAAAGCAAAGAGUUUGAACACAGACUACAGGCUCAGAUGGAGCAUUACUCAACUGUCCUCAACUGGGUUGUGGAUACUUUAGCACAAGGAAGUACAGUUAAACCUCCUCGUGCCCCACCUGUGUUACGAGGUACUUCCCAGAACUUAUGAAAUCAGUUUUGCUUACAAAACAGCCUGCAUGUUGAAAAAGUCACACUGCUUUCACUUGGGUUUUAUUGCAGUAAGUAA